UCUGUUUUAAGUUGUUGGUGAUCAGGAUGAUUGACGUGCGAGCGUGGGCAGAAUAUGUGGUAGAGUGGGCGGCCAAAGACCCGUACGGCUUCCUGACCACCGUCAUUUUGGCUCUGACCCCACUCUUCAUCGCCAGUGCCCUGCUGUCCUGGAAACUGGCCAAGAUGAUUGAGGCGCGCGACCGUGAACAGAAAAAGAAGCAGAAACGUCAGGAAAACAUUGCUAAGGCCAAGCGGGCCAAGAAAGACUGAGCCGAUGGAUGGGAGGGAGGGAUGAAAGAUGAGAGAUGGCAGCUACCACGCUCCGUGUUCUCCUCUCCCUCCCCAGCGCAGGCCCACUGCCUCUGUCUUACCCAAGGAUCGGAGGCAGGAUGUGGGCCCCACCUUGGAGCCUUGCAGCACUGGGAGGGCCAGCAUCCAGCCUGGGCAGAGGCUAAACCUGCAGGACUCUUGCCAGCUAGAGGACAGUGAACAUCUUGAUCCACAAUAAGGAUCUGCUGUCUGGCUGGUGUGAUGGUGCAGUACCUUGCAUUCCAUUUAUAUCAAAUCUUCUGAUUUCAAUACAUAAGCAUACCACGGUUUGAAUGAUUUUGCUUUAAUUUAAGUUACUAAUGAGCGGCUUUUAUUUUUAUUAAGUUGUUUAUGAAAAAUGUGUUUGAGAUCUGGAGAAGUUUAACACACCAACCACAUAAUGCCAAGGCUGGGCAAACCAUGGGGUUUUCACCACACACAUGAUUUCCAAUUUAUUCUCUCUGCUUAAUAAACAGUUCUGUUUGAAAA